AGAGGCUUAAGAUAUCCGCCCUGUCAACGCUGCGCUGGAGUUAGCUGGACACAGGCAAUGUCGGUAGUAUGCGAUUAGAUUAUGUUUAAGGUCCGUCUUCGGCGAGUUUCUACGUUUCUACGGCAGUCACAGGCCAGUCUGUCCGUCUGGGGAUGGGGGGGUCUUGGAGUUGUGCUGUUCUUUGUCACGUUUGGACCUUUUGCCAUUUUCUACCUGGCCUUUUAUAUCUUUUGCUUCAUUGGAGGUGGCUUUGCAGUCACUUUGCUGUAUGGAAAGAUAAACUCAGAGAAACACCUGGAAAAAUGCGAACACUCUUUCUUGCCACCAACACAAAUUGGUAUACAGAAGACGCUGGAUGACAUGAAGCUGGAGGUAAAGCCAAUAAAGAUUGACAGGAGACUAACUGGAUCUAGUUUCAUUGAUGAACCACUACAGCAGGUGAUCCAGUUUGCUCUUAGAGACUAUAUCCAGUACUGGUAUUACACUCUUAGUGAAGAUGAGUCCUUUUUGCUAGAAAUCAGACAAACGUUACAGAAUGCCCUCAUCCAGUUCUCCACACGGUCCAAAGAGGUGGACUGGCAGCCUUACUUCACCACCCGCCUGGUGGACGACUUCGCCACCCAUUUACGUGUCUUUAGAAAAGCCCAGGAUCGCCUCGCAGACAGAGAGGACAAGCAAAGGGACAUUACAGAUGAGCUUGUUGACUCAUUUUUUGAGGCUGAAGUGGAGAUGGAAAGAAAAAUUUGUAGAGACGUAGUUUGCACAUCACACAAAGAUGAAGAAGGUUUUCUUCGAGACUUGUGCGAGUUACUUUUGUACCUGUUACUACCUCCUGGAGACUUCCACAACAAAAGCAUGAGAUACUUCCUGAGGGAGGUGCUGGCAUAUGGGGUACUUCUCCCUCUGAUCAACCAGCUGAGUGACCCGGACUACAUCAACCAGUUUGUCAUCUGGAUGAUUCGGGACUCCAGUUGCAACUAUGAAGCCUUCAUGAACAUCUUGAAGUUAACAGACAAGCCUGCCGAGCUGGAAGCUGUUAAAGACAAGGUGAUUGAGGAGCUGCAGUAUCUCCGCUCCCUGGACACGGCUGGAGAUGACAUCAAUGUGAUCAAAAACCAGAUUAACAGUCUGCUGUUUGUGAAGAAGGUGUGUGAGACCAGAAUCCAGAGGCUGCAGUCAGGGAAGGAGGUCGAUGCCCUGAAGCUGGCAGCCAGUUUUGGCAAGCUGUGCAUUAUCCCACUGGACCACAUCCUUGUCCACAACAUAGCUCUCCAGUUCUUCAUGGACUUCAUGCAGGCAGCAGGGGCUCAGGCUGAGCUGUUUUUUUGGCUCACUGUUGAGGGCUACAGGGUGACUGCCCAACAGCAGCUGGAGGUGAUGCUGGGCUGGCAGAAGGACGGCAAGAAGCAGCCGGGGGCCACAAAGGGCCUUCUGAAGGCGGCUGCACUCGGGGUUUAUGAACAGUACCUUUCUGAAAAGGCAUCUCCCAGGGUUCAGGUGGACAAGGAGCUGGUAACAAAGCUAGGAGAGAAGCUGCAAAAAGAAGACCCCACACCUGAUAUAUUUGAUGAAGUUCAGAGAAAAGUGUAUGAAAUGAUGCUACGUGACGAGCGCUUCUACCCAUCCUUCAAGCAGAGUCCCCUGUAUGUCCGUAUGCUGGCUGAGCUGGAUAUGCUGAAAGAGCCGAGCUACAGAGGAUCUGAUGACGGCGAUGGAGAGUCUUUCAAUGGUUCACCUACAGGAAGCCUUAACCUGUCUCUGGAUGAUCUGAACAACUCCUGCCAUGAUGAAUUUCUGCAGCUACAUGCCUUCAUAUCUGACACUGGGGUUUGCAACGAUCAUGGUAAGACCUACGCACUUUACGCCAUCACCGUGUUCAGACGCAACCCAGACGGCAGCGAGGACUGCUGGAAGACGUACCGUCGCUACUCGGACUUCCAUGAUUUCCACAUGAGAAUAACGGAGCAGUUUGAGAACCUGACGUCGAUCCUCAAGCUUCCAGGAAAGAAAACUUUCAAUAAUAUGGACAGGGACUUCCUGGAGAAGAGGAAAAAAGACCUCAAUGCUUACCUUCAGUUGCUGCUAAACCCAGAGAUGGUGAAGGCCUGUCCAACUUUGAUUCCCUACGUCUAUGACUUCCUAGAAAACAAGGCCUACAGCAAAGGCAAAGGAGAGUUUGCACGAAAGAUAGACACAUUUGUGAAUCCUUUGCGGAGUUCCAUGAGAAACGUGUCCAACGCAGUGAAAUCUCUGCCGGACAGUCUGGCAGAGGGAAUGAAUAAAGUCUCUGACAACAUGGGCCGCAUGUCUGAAAGACUUGGUCAGGACAUCAAACAGAACAUUUUAAAGGUGCCUCCACUCCUUCCAAAGUCCGACAUCGACCCAGAACACUGUCGAGUCUCCGCCCAGCUGGACGACAACGUGGAUGAUAACAUCCCCCUGCGAGUCAUGCUGCUGCUGAUGGACGAGGUGUUUGAUCUUAAAGAGAAAAACCAGUGGCUGCGCAGAAACAUCAAGAACCUGCUGCAGCAACUCAUCAGGGCCACCUAUGGAGACACUAUAAACAGGAAAAUCGUUGAUCAUGUGGACUACAUGACCUCUCCAGAACAGGUGGCGGAUUAUGUGAAAAAGUUCAGGGAUUCCUACUGGCCCAAUGGGAUUCUAGCAGAGACUCCACCGCGCCGGGACAAGUGCAUCCGCAUGCGGACACGUGUAGCUGCCAAAACCAGCCUGCUUGGCAUCAUGCCAGAUGAGCUGAAGCACAUCAUCGGAGCGGACACCACAAGGAAGGGCAUCCUGCGCGUCUUCGACAUGUUUCAGCAUCAACCCAUGAACCGGCGCCUCGUGUACGUGUUCCUGGAAGGCUUCCUGGAGACCAUGUUCCCUCAGUUCAAAUUCCCUGAGCUGUUUGUCAAGCUGCACUCCCGCUCGCCACGCAUUCACAGAUACAACCAGAAACUCAAAUGCUCCUCUCUGAAGAGGUGACAGGAAAGCUCGGCGGCAGGAGGACAAAGGCCGGCGACAGACGCGCAGAGACUCCAGAGCUGAAAGUGAGGGUGUGAUGUGUUUGACGGCUGCCAUUAACCUGCCCUCACGCUCCUAACAGGCAACACACUCCUUAUCGGUUCCACUGAGAUGUAACCGAAGGAUGAGCAACUCUGAAAGAAACGUUCGAACGCGAAAUAUUUCAUUUGCACCAAGAGGCUGAACAUAUCAGUCUUUUCUUUAGUUUCUAUAAUUUUUUUUCCCUUUUUGGACUUUUUACUUGUGUUAAGCUUUAUGGUGGCCAGCCAAUGCUUCUUUCUUGUGGUUCAGACUAGCAGGUAAUAAAACACUGCUUUGUUUUUUUUUUACUGCAGGAUUUAAUAGAGAAAACCCACACCUUGCCUUACUUUCCCGCUUCAGUCCUCUAUGUUGUGGAGCCACAGAGCUGUAAUCAAACAUGCCAUCAUGCAGUAAAAUCUCUGAGCUGCAGAGAUUUUUUUUUUUUUUACAUUGCAACCAAACAAAUGUCAGAUGCACUGGGUUUAACGAAGCGCUGUCCUGCAAAUGUGAGCAAACAAGAGUAGCUUUUUUUUUUUUUUACCUGCCACCAUUUUACCUUCUCUUGAUGGACGGCCCACAUCCCCUUUAAUGCAACUGUCAUAACCUGUGACAACCAAAGCUUACGCUGUCUGUGUGUGGACCCUUUCUAUUGCAGAUCAGGCAAAGAAAUAAUUUAAUGAGCUACAAAGUGAGAAUGGGAGCAACGUGCACUGCAUUUGGGUUGCUUAGGUUUUUGUUUUGUUUUUUAAAUGUGUGUCUGCGUGUGUUGAGCUGGAAGAGGCACCUGUGUUCAUUCAGAAACAGUGCUGAUGUCAGAGAGAACCAGCCUUAAAUCUAUAUAUAUAAACAGAGUAUACUGACCAAGAGAUGCGCGGCAGAGCGAGCCCUCCAUCACACCAUUGGACUUUAUACGGAAAUUAAAAGGAGAAGUGGAGAUAUUAACCCUAAUCACUUUUAUUCUUAGAAAAAAAAUCUUUGAUUCGGUGCAAUAUAUUUUUGUGUAAUGCAUGUGCAUUUUGAUUUAUGGUGUAAUGAAAUUAGUCAUAAUCUUUUAUAAGGAGAAAACGGAAGGAUAUCUCCUUAGCCCAACAACUUAACAUUCCGUUGUUGUAAAACGUUUAUUUUACAGACUUGUUUUAUAAGUCUGACUUUAUUACUUUUUAGUUUUUUUUUUUUUUAAAUAAUGUCUACAUAAUCCCAUGCUCACUAUCACAGAACAUCUGCUGUGGGUAGUAGUCAGUGGUGUCGUACAGCUGCUUCUUUUUAAUCUCCCAAAUGUGUUUGAUGCACAUGACUGUCAUGCUGGGUGUAGAGAUCAUGUGACCUGACUUCCUCCACUGCCUGUUGUGUGUGUGAAGCCCCCACCCACAAAUUCAGGUCCGAUUAAAUCACAGAAGAGUUUGUGGUCGAUAGGAUCACUGCUAAUUAGCACUUACUGUAGCGACUGUUGGUGUCUUGGCCCCGACCCCCCUUCCACCGCUGGGAUUUGUGUACACUGAGCAGCCCCGAUGGACUCUGAUUGGCUGAGCAAGAGGGACAUGAAGCAUCUCUUUUUUUGAGAGGUGAUGUCACCUUUUAACUUCUUGCACAUCUCCAUGCAAGAAGUUUUUUGUUUUGUUUUUUGUACACCAGUAUAUAUGAAUAUAUCAUACUGAAAAUGUGUGCAUAUCUGUGUACAUGAUGUGUUAAUAGUGUGCCUAAAUGUACUGUCAACUCUAUUUUCAUAUUUUUCUUCACCUAAGAAGAAAGGGGGAAAAAAGUCAAUCAGAACAUGAUCAUUUUACGUGACUGAAAAAAAGGCUUUGGGAUCUUAGUUUUUUUGGCAUCAUACUCAAACUUCUCCUGGUGAGCACUUGUGCUCAAAUCAGUAUAACACUAAUAAAAGGUAACUCGGGCUAAAUGAGCCAUAGUUGCUUUUGUUGCUGUGUGU